AUGAAUAAUUCUCUCUUUUUGUUUCACUCCUUUUCCUCUCUUCAUGCUUUAGUUUUCUUUUUCUUUCUCUCCUUUAUACGUUUUUUUGAAUUGCCUCUCCUUACGAUGUCUUCAAUCUCUCUCUCUCUCUCUCUCUCUCUCUCUCUCUCUCUGUGUACAUUCUUUCUCGUUUUUUGUCUCCUCUUUUUGUUUCACACUCUUUCUUCUCUCUUCAGCUCUUUCUUUCUUUUUCUUUUUCUCCUUUAUAUACUUUUCUUGAAUCAAUUCUCCUUACGAUCUCUUCUCUCUCUCUCUCUCUCUCUCUCUCUCUCUCUCUCUUCCUGUUUUGUUCUCUCUCUUUGUCCUCCAAUCCUUCUUCUCUCUUCGGCGCACCAAGGUCUUCUCUCGCUCCCCGCUCUUUAUAAUGCUAAUUUUCGACCUACUAUUAUUUUGCUUCCAAUUAUUUUCUCUCGUUUAUUCAUUCUUCUUCUUCUUCCCCUCUCUCUCUCUCUUUCCCUCUCUCCCUCUCUCUCUCGCUCUCUCUCUCUCCCUCUCUCUCUCUCCCUCUCUCUCUCCCUCUCUCCCCCUCUCUCUCUCUCCCUCUCUCUCUCCCUCUCUCUCCCCCUCUCUCUCUCUCUCUCUCUCUCUCUCUCUCUCUCCGUAUCUAUAGGAAGGAAAAUAAGGCAAAAGGGACAACAAAGAAAAAGAGAUUGGAGAAUUGAAGAAACUGGGAAUUAA